AUGGAUGACACUAUUUAAGAAUCAGCUUACUUACUCAGCAUAGCUUAUCUACUAUUGGGUUUGAUUUUUAUUUUUCUGGCAUUAUAUAGUAUACCAUGUCUUUGGAAGGCUUGGAAAUGUAGACAAUUCUUCCCAAAAAUUUUUUAUCUGUCUAUAUUAGCAAUUUGCUGUGAUCAAGCUGCAUACUAGCUGCUCUAUUUAUAUGAAGUAUUUAGAACUUAUUUCAAAGGUCAUUACAGCAAUAAAGAAAGAAAAAGAUGAUAAAUCAUAAACUGAAUCAUUCCGCAUAAUUUUCUUUCAAACUAUAUAUGUCCCAGAUGCUAUCUUUUUUGUGAUUUAUUUUUCAUUAUUUUGGCAGUUCUUAAUAAUGAUGCAUCAUGGUAGAAUUAGAACUGGAAGCAUUUAAGUUGGUAUCAAAGUUAUUAAUAUCAAGGUAAAAGGAACUGGAAUCCAGAAUAAGCAAAUUCUAAAGUUCGUUUAAUAUUAUACCUCUAUAUAAUAGGUUAAGCUAUUGUUAUUUGGUAAUUCAUGGCUUAGGAACUAUCACCAAAAGCUAUAAUGAUAUGUGAUAUAGCUGUUAAUGCUUCUGUGCCUAUUAUUGUUGUAAUAAUGGUUUUGUACUUAAAUAUUAAAUUUUCUGGAUCCCCUUUUGUUUCAAAUAAAUAUGAAAAGAGUAAUAAUAAAAUAUAACAAUUAUUAUGGAUUUGGAUUUUAUUAAGAAUUCCUUAAUUAGGUGUUAAUGUACUUGUGGUUAUUUACAAUGAUGAUUUAAUAGCUUUAAUGGGUGGUAAAUUAGAAGUAACUUUUAUUGAAUAACUAUUAUUGAUUUUAUUUAUAGUUGGAGAUAUUAUAAUUGUUUAAAUUAUUCCUGUUUUAAUGGCAAUGUCUAAUAGUUUUUUGAGUGCAUUAUUACUUGAUCAUAAUAAAAUUAAUUAAUUUAUUAGUGUAGAAGCAUUUUAAGGUGAAAUGAAUCUUUAAUAAUAAACAUAGGGAGGAACAAUUCCACUUAAAAAUAAUCCUAGAGAUUACUCUUUAUUUAUUGAUUUAAAAUUAAGUGAUUUAGAAAUUAAUGAAAAAUAAUUCUAUAAAAAAUAUAAUGGAUUUGGGGAAAUUAAAACUUCAACAAUUAAGAGUAACACUAAAAAAUAUGCAAUAAGAGUUAUAUAAUUUAAAGAAUUAAGUUCUUUUUUAAUUGAUGAAACAAAAUAAGAAAUCCAAUAGAUUAAUAACAUUAAAAAGGGAUAUAAAAUUCUUUGGUUUAAUUUUAGUGAAUCAAGUAUGUAUCUAUUAUCUAAAUUCUAUCCAAAUUCAAAUUUAAAUAAUUUUAUUCAUAAAAACACAGAUAUUGGAUCUGCACAAAUUAAAGAUAUUACUACUUCCUACACAAAUAAAUAAUUAUUAAUUAGAGUUAAUAUUGCUACUGAUCUCAUUAAGGCAAUUUAAAAUUUACAUGAUUAAAAUGUAAUUCAUGGGCAUCUAAACUCAAAUAAUAUUUUAUUUACAGAUAAAUUUAAAAUAAAAAUUGUAGAUUAUGGAUUAAGAGCAAUAAAAAAAUAUGCUAGUUUAGUUAAUGGAUAUUGCAAUAAGAAUGGAUUUACAGCUCCUGAAUGUUUAAAUGAUAGGGGAAAUGUAGUUUCUCAUUCUGCAAUUAAAGAAUCAGAUAUAUAUUCAUUUGGAAUGAUUCUAUAUCAAUUAUUUACAGAAACUAUACCAUUUUAUGUAUUUAUUUAAUCUUAAGUAGAAUAUGCCACAAAAAGACAUUGUCUAACUAGUUAAAGAAUAGUAAUCUAGACCCAAAAUUCCAGAAUCACUUAAUACAAAUAUAGCAACUUUAAUAAGAUGCUGUUGGUAAUAAGAUCCAUUGAAAAGACCAAAUAUAAAUUAGAUUCUAAUAACUUUGAAAUAAAUAUCCGAAAACUUAGAAUGA